AUGACAUCGAAUUGUAGGAUUGUGAAAACUAAUAUGCUGUUUAAAAAAGCGAAAGAAUUUGUUAGUGAUAUUUAUAUUAGUCUAAUACACCGAGAAAACAGUAAAUGUGUAAAAAUUCUAAAAGCAAUCGAUGAUAAUAAUAUUGAUGAUUUACAAAAUAUACUUUCACAAUUAGCACCAAAAGAUAUCGAAGAUUAUAUCAAACGGCCAGUUGAUUCAUCAAGACGAACACCAUUGCAUUAUGCGGCCUGGGCAGAAAAUCCAGAUAUUCUUGAUAGUUUGUUAAAAUAUUGUGAUCAGCCAGAUAUUGAAGAUAAAACGGGUGCAACACCGAUGAUGUUUGCAGUCGGUGUUAGCGGUGGAUGUCUGGCAAAGAUCAAAUUAUUAAUUGAAAAACAUGCAAAUGUAAAUAGAAAAGAUAAAAAUGGUUGGACUCUGUUACAUGCAGCUGUUAAUUCAAAACGACGAGAUAUUCUGGAGUUGCUGGUAGCUAAUGGUGGUGAUCUUUAUAUGGUUGAUGCUGAUGGACGAUCGUUAUUACAUAUUGCAUGCGAUAAUGGUGAUACACACUUAGCAAAAUAUUUAAUUGAAAAAGGUGCUGUUCUCACAAGUGUCGACAGAAAUGGUUGGACUCCCUUUCAUGUUGCAUGUGGACCAGCAGACGACUAUGAACUUGUUCAUCAUUUGAUACAAGUUGGAGCGGAUCCAACACUCAAAGACUUUAAAGGGUAUACGCCUCUGCAUUGGGCUAAACAAUUUAAAGCAAAAACUGUUGAAAAAUAUUUAACAAAUUUGCUCAGACAAAAUCAGGAUGCCGAUGAUGAAAAUGAAAGCUCUGAUGAUGAUGACGAUGAUGAUGAUGAUGAUGACGACGAUUCAGAAUUGGGAACAAUUAGUGGUGUUUAUGAGAGCGAUGUAUUUGAGUCAGAGUCAACAUCACAACGAAACUCAUCGAAGCGAAGUUCAUACAAGAAAUCAAUUGAGAACUUUGAAUUGGUAGAAGCAAACAGUCGACGUGGUGUUUUACCACCGUCUGGAAGAAUUAUUAAAGUUUAA